GGGUAUGCUUACUGUACAUGGCCAUUGAUGCCUCUGGAUAAACUAAAUCAGCUAUGUAAAUAAUAGUGACUGGGGCGGUGGAGCUAACAUGCCGAAUUCUAUCACAGCCUAACAUGAGAAAAUAAUACAUGUCAUCUGGGUUUACUUUAUCCGGUUGACAAAACCACCGCGGUCGUCCUUUUAUGCACGUCUCGGAAUUUGGCUUUGACAGCUCGCCCGAUGGUUUUCUUCAUUUGACGCACGAAUAAAAAUCAGACGACGGGCGGUUUUUCCUAAUAACCCAUUUGGGAAAAACGGGUCAUUAUGACCUUAGUAUCCCCCUCUAAAAGAAAACCAUUGGAUUGCCUUUACGCAACAGCGUUCUGCUUGCAUUUCUUGCUGUGGAUUUUAUGCGCCGCGUCCGGAGAAGAGAUUCGUCAAUUCAGCGUUGAGGGAUGGCUACAGAAGUAUGGCUACCUUCCCCACACAGACCCCAGAAUGGCUAUCCUGCGUUCAGCCCAGACCAUGCAACAAGCCAUCGCAGCCAUGCAGCGCAUCUACGGCCUCAAUGUUACAGGGACACUGGAUGAGAGGACCACAGAUGAUAUCACACUAAGUUGGAUGAAAAGGCCGAGGUGUGGGAAUCCAGACAAACUAAAAGGCAACUCGAGGUCGCGGAAGCGGAGGUAUGCACUGACGGGGCAGAAGUGGCAACGAACACAUAUCACUUACAGCAUAAAGAACGUCACUCCCAAAGUGGGCACCAGGGAGACCCACGAUGCCAUCCGGCGUGCGUUUGAUGUGUGGCAAGGGGUGACGCCGCUCCGCUUCGAGGCUGUCCCUUACAGUGCCCUGGAGAGCGGCCGGCGGGACGUGGACAUCACCAUCAUCUUCGCCUCAGGUUUCCACGGUGACAGCUCACCCUUCGACGGCGAGGGGGGGUUCCUAGCCCACGCCUACUUCCCGGGCCCUGGGAUUGGAGGGGACACCCACUUCGACUCAGACGAACCCUGGACCUUAGGGAACCCCAACCAUGACGGUAAUGACCUGUUCCUGGUGGCAGUCCAUGAGCUGGGUCAUGCCCUUGGCCUAGAGCACUCCAACGACCCCACAGCCAUCAUGGCUCCCUUCUAUCAGUACAUGGACACAGAGAACUUUAAACUACCUCACGAUGACCUUCAGGGCAUCCAGAAAAUCUAUGGUACUGUGUCUAUCUAUGGUCCGCCAGACAGGUCCUCCCAGCCCACCAGAGCCCCACCCACGGCACCUCCCCCGCGCUUCCACCCCCCCUCGGAACCCCGUAAGCACGACCGCCAGGUCCGGCCCCACCGCCCUCCUCAGGGCGCAAAACCCUCCAACCCCAACGCCAAUCCCAACAUCUGUGACGGAGGCUUCAACACCCUGGCCAUCCUCAGACAGGAGCUGUUUGUAUUCAAGGACCAGUGGUUCUGGAGAGUGAGGGACAACUCGGUGGUCCCUGGCUACCCUAUGGAGAUCAACUUCUUCUGGAGAGGCCUGCCCGCCAAGAUCGACGCCGUCUACGAAAACAGCGAGGGGAAGUUUGUCUUCUUCAAAGGAAACCGGUUCUGGGUGUUCAAGGACACUACUUUGCAGCCCACCUACCCUCAGGACAUCUCUCUGUUUGGGAGUGGGAUGCCCACCCAGAGUAUAGAGACUGCUGUAUGGUGGGAGGACGUAGCCAAGACAUAUUUCUUCAAGGGAGACAGAUAUUGGAGGUACAAUGAAGACAUGAGAAACAUGGACCCUGGUUACCCCAAACCCAUCACAGUGUGGAAGGGCAUCCCUGACUCUCCUCAGGGAGCGUUUGUGGACAAGGCCAACGGAUUCACCUACUUCUACAAGGGGAAGGAGUACUGGAAGUUCAACAACCAGCGGCUGCGUGUGGAGCCGGGCUACCCCCGCUCCAUCCUGAGGGACUUCAUGGGCUGUGACGGCCUACCAGCUGACCCCGACUGGGACUGGAGCCCUCCGGAGGUGGAGGAGCGCCACUACGACAGCAGCAGUGGUGACGUGGACAUCAUCAUCAAGCUGGACAGCACGGGGGGCACGGAGAAGGCCGUGGCUAUCGCCAUCCCCUGUAUCCUGGCGCUGUGCAUGAUGGUCCUGCUCUACACCGUGUUCCAGUUCAGGAGGAAGAGCACGCAGAGACACAUACUGUACUGCAAGCGCUCCAUGCAGGAGUGGGUCUGAUCUAAACCAGAGAGGGGACUGGAACUGUAGAAGUGUAUGGAACUCCCACUAGGCACUGUAGGGACGAGUUAUCAAACUCCUAUUGUUCUGUAGUUGUUGAACUAAGCCCUUCUGUGGAUGGACAGUAUAUACAGUACAGUAGAGGAGUCCUCCUAACAUGGUCAAAACAGUGCUUUGCCCUCUUUGUGACAUGCAAGAUGGAGUGAAGCUAGCCCUCUCAUUCAACACUAUGAGGGACUGUGGCUGCCAAUUCCAACUGAGAGGCAUUUGCUUUAACUCUAGACUAUCUUUGUGUACACUCAGUAGUUAUUGGAGAAAGAGGAAAGCUGUGUGGGACCUAUGUCUAUCUCUGUCUCUGCACGCCCCUAACAAGCCCUUACUAACUACAGUACAGUGGACCAUUUAGUAAUAGGAUACUACUUUUUAUUUUCGUGUCCUAGUAAAGUUCAAGUUGCCCAGACUCUGCUUUUUGAUUGAAUUAUCUUUAAAAGAUUAGUACUUGUGAGGUGGACUGUCUGAUACCCAAACCAAAUAUGACCUUUGACCUAUCUUCCUUUCCCAGAAAGGAUUAUGACUCUGGAUUCUUUGUUGGGAUGUUUAAUUCUAAUCCAUGGAUCUAACAUCAUUGUGACAUUCCAUCACACUCACGUUUUCUUUGACCAUGUCUUUUCCAUAUAUGCCUGUGACCAACUGUCUGGUCUGGUGUGCUCUGCUCUGGUGUGCUCUGCUCUGGUCUAGUGUGCUCUGGUCUGGUCUGGUGUGCUCUGCUCUGCUCUGGUGUGCUCUGCUCUGGUCUGGUGUGCUCUGCUCUGGUCUGGUGUGCUCUGCUCUGGUCUGGUGUGCUCUGGUCUGGUCUGGUGUGCUCUGGUCUGGUCUGGUGUGCUCUGCUCUGGUCUGGUGUGCUCUGGUCUGGUCUGGUGUGCUCUGCUCUGGUCUGGUAUGCUCUGCUCUCUGUCAAGUUUCAUGUUUUAUUUGUCACAUGCACAAUUACAGUGAAAUGCAUAAAUUGCAAGCCAAUACAUUUAAGAGCACACAAAGACAUUUAGGAGCACACAAAGACAUUUAGGAGCACACAAAGACAUUUAGGAGCUCACAAAGAUUUUUAGGAGCUCACAAAGACAUUUAGGAGCUCACAAAGACAUUUAGGAGUUCACAAGGACAUUUAGGAGCACACAAAGACAUUUAGGAGCACACAAAGACAUUUAGGAGCACACAAAGCCAUUUAGGAGCACAAUAAAAAAUAUUUUCGGUAACAAGCCGUUUUCUUUUUAGUAAUGGUGCAAGCAUGAUGGUCAUGAAUCUGGUCUCAGUGUGUUCUAUAUGGCACUCAGGGCCUGUGGUGCAGUGAAGUAAUCAUUGCAACAAUUAUCAUCUGGGUGAUUUGUUUCUAGGUGCACUGGUGCUCCUCAAUUAAAAUUCCAGGUCGCACAACCAAAUAUUUAGGCGUAUAUGCGAGUAAAAUGGUCGCACUGUAGAGCUCUGUUAUAUCACGUUCCUCUCGACGUGUGUGAAAUGACUCAGUAUGUGAGAUUCCCGGUGAAUGUGAAAACAUGUAUUAGCAUUUUUAGGGACUGAGUUUGCCAUGUUUGUGGUAAAACAUUUUUUUUUUUACUUAAAAAGGAUAUGGUCACUUAUGAAAUCAGGAUGUUGAACUCUAUAUCAACAGCUACAUCAAUAAUAUAUCUUAACCCUUCAAAAUCAUUAUCAAACCGUAAGACUAAUGUGUAAUAACAUGUUAUAACUAUCUUAUAAGAACCUCAGUUAAUUUCUCAUUAUUGUUCUCCAUGGAUUGUUUAAAAGGGUCAUAACGAAUUGCUAUUCAUGAACUAAAGUACUCAUGGUAAUUGUAGUUUUGUAUUUGAUUUACAUGGCAGAGACAUCAUUUUUUUUCUAAACCAUGUUAAAUGUUCUGCUCCCCAGUCCUAUCCUCAUUUGCAGGCCAUUAAAUAUUAUGUUCACAUUGGCAGAGACGUUCUAAAGAGAUAUCUUUACUUUCUUCAAACAUGCAGUUUCUGUUGUUAUUGCAUUCUCAUAUGAUUUCAGCUGGAAGAAGAAAGCUUGCCUGCCUUCCAUGUUGUCCUACAUGUCUUAAUGGUAAGUGUGCUUGUGUUGAGGGUCUGAAAGACAGGUCUGAAAGCAUGGCAGGGUUGGGGUCAAGUCCAUGUCAAUUCCUGAAGUAUGCUGAAAUUUAAAUUCCAAUUUUCAUCAACGAGAAUUUGGAAGUCAGUGUACUUCCUGAAUGGACUGAAUUAAAUUGAAAUAGAACCCAACUCUGAAGCAGAGCCAGGCUAGUUCAGUCAAUACUGUAUUUAGUGGUGUAUUUAUUCCUCUGUGCUCAUCAGCACCUUAAUCUCGUUGCAUUGUUCUGAGGGCAAGAUAAAGUCUGUCAAUAAAAUGGAUUUUAAAAAGCA